AAUUAGCCUUCUGUGGUAUAAUGUAUCCAGGAUUAUGCUGCAUCUUCUACGUACCCACCUUCACGUUCGUCUAUAUGUCCUGCGAUUUCUUUCAGUUCUUCUACAUGCUGAUCGUCGGGGUGGAGCAGUGGUCGAAAUGUUUCCUGGCCGUUAACCGUUUCAUCGGGAUCUUCUUGCCGCAUUUAUACCAGACCUUUGCUUCCUGCCAAAACACCAUUGCGGUUAUUGUCAUCAGCUGGAUUGUGCCGUUGAUAAUUACUCUUCUAAUACUAUUGCAAAUUGGAGGCAAAUCCGCGGGUGUUACACAACCGUGGAACGGCUGUAUUGUUCAGCCGCUGAAUGGUGUCAACUGGGCCUUACAUGCUGUGAAUUAUGUUUGCACGAUUAUUCCGCUGGCCGGCACCAUGACCGUGUAUCUGGCCAUCCUGUUGGGGUCGUAUUUCGGAAUCUUUUGCAGGCAUGCGCAUCGAGUUGAUGUACAUGCCGCGCUGCCUGACAGAAUUAAUGCCAUGAAGCAAAAGGUCAAACGUGUGAAAAAAGCGCGAAUGUUGUUUGUGUCGGUAUUAUGGUAUCUGGUCUGCUACUUGCCACAUACUAUUAUUGUCACGACCUUCUCGACUCUGUAUUUUAACAAUCCGCCGCUGGGAUUGUGGAUGAGAACGAUAUACUUGAUGGGCUUCGCUGGAUCACCGUUCAUAUUCCUUAUAAUGUCGCAGGAGUACCGCCGGAGACUGGUCCUGCUCAUCCUACAAUUUUCGGCAAGGAGCAACAACGCCCAUAACUGGGGACAUUCGAACGAUAGGACUCUAAUCUGCGUGAUAGCCAAUGGUACUGAUAAACCGCGCCUGUCGUUAUCCACCACCCAGAUCCUCCAUUUGCUGGGCAUCCAAUACACCCUCUGCGGCGUAAUGUACUGA